UGCGCUUCUCUAAAGGGAUUUGUCGAGGUAAAGAAAGAUGUAAAAGAUGCUUGGAGGUGGGGCGACAAAGACGACGCGGAGGUCCAAAGGUACGGAAGUAGAAGUAGAAGGCCGCCGCUUCGCUCGUGAUCGUUGGUUGAAUAUGCGUACGGAAGCUGCUAGCUCUGAAGCAACAGGCGAGUACGAGGAUGUGCAAGAGUCAUCAGCCGGUCAAUACUGAAGAGGUUGGGCUGCCGAUGCCACCUGUGACGACGCGAGAAGGUCGAGAAAUGAGGAAGGUUUCGA